AAUAUAUUUAUUAACGUACAUACGUAAUUUUAUUUAAAAUGUCGAGAAGGCUUCGUUAAGAUUGGCCCGACUAUUUGUAAGCAACACUCCUCAAUGAUCAAAUCUCGAACAUUUCUGCGAGUCACGCCAAUAAGCCCUGAUUCAAAUUACGUGUGUCGAGAGCUGAAACAAACAGGAACUCAAGAUUCCGUAGUUGGUUGAUUCAAAUGCAUUUUUAACUAGGUUAGCAGUAUGACGACGUUAUUUCAUAUGAUUUUUUGGCUAUACCUGCUUGGCAUUGCUUUAAAAACACGCUUUGCACUUGGUUACGAUCCAAACGACACCAAAAUCGCCUCAGUCAUUCCGCCCGAAGGUUAUUUUGAAGCGUUUUAUCCGAGGGAAAUGGAUGGUGUUCCGAACAGUGCUUCGCGUCCCGCUCAUGCUCACGGCAGCUUCUUUAAGCAUCGUAAUCCAGCACUGGUGGACACAAAGAAUGCAGCAGCUUAUGGAUACCGAUUUGAUGGCAAACGCCGCUUCAAUUUAAAAUGAAUAUAAAUACUAUCUUUUUAUACUUUUUGUAAAAAAGCAUACUAAUAAAAAAUAAAAAAAUAUACGCAACAAGA